AUGGAUGUCUUAAUUCCUAAUAAUUAUGUCAAAAUUACUGGCGGUAAAGAUUUAGAAAUUACUACAGGUAUUCCUUGUAGGAUAACAAAUGAAGGACGUUAUUUAGAUACCAAAGGAGAAAAUCACGGUUCAUAUGUUACUUUAUUUAUUGUAGAAUCAACAAAUUUUGGAGAAUAUAGAAUUUUUAAUAAUGGAUAUUAUUUAGAUACUUUUGGAGGAAAAAAUGAAUCAGAAUGUUGUAUGAGUUAUGAGAAUCAUCGCAAUAGUCAUACUUAUUAUUCAAGGCAACUGUGGUCUUUUUUAAAUCAAAAUGAAACUGAAUCUAAACAAGUACAAAUAAAAAGCCUUUCAAAUAAAUGUUAUUUAGAUAGUUGGGGUGGGAAUGGUAAAUAUUCAAAUGUUCGUUUAUGCUCUUACUGUAACAAACCAAGUGAAAAAAAUUAUCCACGUCAAUUAUGGGAAAUUGAAAUUGCAGAUUAUAAACUCAAAGCUGAAAUUGAAGACUUUAAAUAUGACAAAAAGAUUAAUAAUUUAAAAUCAUAUGCAACUAAAGUUUCUUCUACUAUUUUUACAUCAAGAAAUCAAUCGCAUAGUGGUCCUUGUAAGGUAGAAAUUAAUCUAUCUGAGAAGGCGCAUAAUAUCACAUCUUGGUCUUUUAAUAAAAGCAAGGAGAUAACUUUUUUAGAUGAACUUGAUGUCGAUAUAAAGGCAGAAUAUGCAGGAGUUAAAGGAAAUUUACCUGAAAUUAUAAAGUGGGAUAAUAAAAUCACAUCUUCAGAAACUAUUAAAAAAAUCCAAUUAGACGAAACUAAUGUUUCUGGGAAAUAUUCAAUGGAAAUUCAAAAUAAAGAAGAGGUUGAGGUUAAAAUAAUUUGGCACAAGAUUAAUUUAGAUGUUCAAUUUACUGCAACGGCAAAAAUUAAGGGAUUUUCUGAUCGUUUAAGGAAAAAUGGAUCUGUAGCAAAAAUGGAACAAACAGAUGCUAAUGCUACAUUAUGCUUCUUAAAAAAUUCUGGUUUCGAAGGAACAAUUAUUGGCACAGAAGGAAAAAAUGUUUUAGUUGAAAUUACUGGAAAUGUUAAUAUUCAAGGUGCGGUAAAAUAUGAAAUAGAAAAGUCCAAUGUCCUCCUUUCCAUUUAA